GCGGGCUGCGGCCGCACCGCGCCACCGGGGGCAGCAGCGAGGGCGACUGGAGUCGGGACGAGGCGCCAUGCCGCUGCUCGGGCGGGCUGCGGCCGCACCGCGCCAGCUUUUCGGGCCGGCAGGUGGCUGGGUCAGUGCCAGGCCUCGGCACCCUGGGGAGUCCGGAGCCCCGGUCCCCACGGUCCGACUGGCAUCGGAGGACGCAGGAGCUUCACAGCGGGCGUCCCUGUACGUUCAUUGGCCAUUCUGCAAGAGAAGGUGUGCAUAUUGUAACUUUAAUAAGUACAUCUCUGUCAGCGUUGAUCACACUGCCAUGAGGAAUGCUCUUGUGCAGGAGACAGAAACCCUGCUGCGUGACAGCCAAGUGAAAGAGAUCACUUCGGUAUUCUUUGGUGGUGGAACACCAAGCCUAGCCAAGCCAUCCACCGUUGCCAGCAUCUUAGAAACUGUUACCAAGGCUACACGUACCUGUCGCAACAUGGAAGUCAGCCUGGAGGCCAACCCUACAUCGGUGUCAUUGUCGAAGCUUGCUGAAUUCAAGGAGGCUGGAGUGAAUAGGGUCUCCCUUGGGGUCCAGGCUUUACGUAACGAUGACUUGAAAAUCCUGGGAAGAGAUCACACAGUCCAGGAAGCCGUUUGGAGUCUGGAAGAAGCCAGGAAUCUUUACCCUGGUUGCACGUCUGUUGACAUCAUCUUUGGGCGCCCAGGACAGAGCUUGGAGUUGUGGGAGAAAGAACUGGAGGAGAUUCUAACUCUCUGUGACCAUCAUGUGUCCCUUUAUCAGUUGACAUUGGAAAGAGGGACAGCCCUUUACAAACAGGUCCAAAUGAAGGUUCUGAAAAUGCCUGAGCAACAGUUGGUGGCAGAGAUGUACAAUGUAGCAAGGAAUCUUUUGGAAAAGGCGGGGUUCCAUCAAUACGAAGUGUCAAAUUUUGCUAAAAAUGGAGCUGUGUGCCACCAUAACCUGGGAUACUGGAGAGGAAUGCAAUACCUCGGGGUAGGCCCAGGUGCCCAUGGCCGGUUUGUACCAAGGGGUGAUGGUAAAACACAGAGAGAGGCAAGGAUACAGACUUUGGAACCAGACCAUUGGCUCAGAGAGGUGAGACAGUUUGGCCAUGGAACCAGGAAGAGGGUACCGCAAAGUGAGUUGGACAUCUUGGAGGAAGUGCUGGCGGUAGGACUCCGAAUGAAUCAGGGACUCGCCCAUCAGCAUUGGCAACAGCAUUCACCUUUAUUCAGCCUGAAGGAAGCAAUGGGUGAAUCCACUGAAGUACAGCAGUACCUGCAGGAGGAGCUGCUCAUUCUGGAUGACAGGGGCUUACGAUGUUCAUGGGAAGGCCUGGCCUUACUCGACAGCCUGCUGCCCACUCUUCUGAACCAGUUGCAGCAUUCCUACUGGAACUCGGCUUCUCGCUGUCUUUGACUCAUUCCUUCUUUAGAGUCACUGGAAGUUCAAGUUUAUUAUCAGUUAACUGUAUACGUGUAUAUAGCCACAUAAAACAACAUUCCUCUGGACCAAGGUGCACAACACAGUACAUAUAACCCACACACAACACAAAAUUGAUUUGACAUUGGCUUUGCAGAAGAAAUUGGAGAGUUGUAGCAGGUGGCUGCCUUUAUGAUUGGAGGCCUGUGACUAGUGGUGUGCUGUGUUCGUUGUUGUUUGUCACCUACUGUAUAUCAAAGACCUGGAUGAUAAUCUGGCAACACUCACAAAAUGCUGGUGGAACGCAGCAGGCCAGGCAGCAUCUAUAGGGAAAAGUACAGUCGACGUUUUGGGCCGAGACCUUUUGUCAGGGCUAACUGAAAGAAAAGGCAGUAAGAGAUUUGAGAGGGGGAGAGAGGGAAAUUCAAAAUGAUAGGACAAGACAGGAGGGGGAGGGGUGAAGCUAAGAGCUGGAAAGGUGAUUGGCAAAAUGGAUACAGAGCUGGAGAAGGGAAAGGAUCAUGGGACGGGAGGCCUAGGGAGAAAGAAAGGGGGAGGGGAGCACCAGAGGGAGAUGGAGAGCAGGCAAAGAGUGAUUGUGAGAAGGACAGAGAGAAAAAAAGAGAGAGAAAAGGGGGGGUGAAUAAAUAAAUAAGGGAUGUGUAAGAAGGGGAGGAGUGGCAUUAAACGUCGACAGUGCUUCUUCCUAUAGAUGCUGCCUGGCCUGCUGCAUUCCACCAGUAUUUUGUGUGUUGUUGUUUGAAUUUCCAGCAUCUGCAGAUUUCCUCGUGUUUGUGAUAACUUGGUAACCUGGAUCAGCAAAUUUGUAGAUGACAGCAAGAUUGGGGGCAUAGUGGACAGCAUGGAAGACUCUCAAAGUUUGCAGGAGGAUCUGGAUCAGCUGGAAAAAUAGGCAGAUGGAAUUUAAUGCAGACAAGUGUAAGGUGUUGCACUUUGGGAGGACAAACUAAGGUAGGACUUACACGGUAGGACACUGAGGACUGUGGUAGAAAAGAGGAAUCUGGGAAAUCAGAUCUAUAAUUCCAUGAAAGUGGAAAUGCAAGUUCAGUUCAGUUUCAGUUUAUUGUCAUUUAGAAACCACAAAUGGAAUGCAGUUAAAAAAUGAGACAACGUUCCUCCAGAAUGAUAUCACAAAAGCACACGACAAAACAGACUACACCAGAAAAUCCGCAAUACGUUUGGUAAUCCCGGAGUCUGGAAAGUAGAUAGGGCUGUAAAGAAAGCUUUUGGCACAUUGGCCUUCAUAAAUCAAUGUACUGAGAAGUUGGAAUAUAUGUUGAAGUUGUAUAUGACGUUUUGUAGAUUUCUAUGUUCUAUGUUUCUGAGGCCUAAUUUGGAGUACUGUGUGCAGUUCUGGUCACCUAACUAUAGGAAAGAUAUCAGUAUGAUUGAAAGAAUACUGAGAAAAUCUACAAGGUUGCUGGAUUUGAGGACCUGAGUUAUAGGAAAGGUUGAAUAGGUUAGGAGUGUAGAAGAAUGAGGGGAGAUUUGAUAGAGUUACACAAAAUUACAAGGGGUAUAGAUAAGGUUAAUGUAAGCCGGCUUCUUCACAUGUAGGAUGAGACCUUUGGUUAAGGGUGAAAGGUGAAAUGUUUCAGGGUAACAUGAGGGGGAUCUUCUUCACUCAGAGAGUAACAGGAGUGCGGAAUAAGCUGCUCAUGGAAAUGGUGGAUGUGGGUUCAACUUCAACAGUGAAGAGAAAUUUGGAGAACUAUAUGGAUGGGAGGGGUAUGGAGGGCGACGGUCGGGGACUAAGCAGAAUAAUAGUUUUGCAUGAGCUAGGUGGGCUGAUGAGUCUGACUCUGUGCUAUGUAUAUAACAUUACUCCCACCACGCACUGUCCCCAGGAAGACCGUAUUGGUUGCUCACCUCUUUGCAGAGAGUGGGGGGAAAGAUGCAAGGACCUGCCUGUGAGUUGUCCUGAGCAGCAGUUGGACAGAAACGACUCUCUGAUCCCAGGGACACACAGAAACAGAUAUCAAGCAUUGCUAGAUCAUCAAAAGCACCCUCUGGUCUGCCAGUAUAUUGAAAUGUCAAUAGAGGAGUGUUGCCAACUGUUAAGAAGUGUAACUCAACACUGUCUACAAAUGGAAGAAUAAAAAAGGAUUGUACAGUU